AUGAACGUGACCCCGCCGGCAUCCCCGCCACCGCCACCGCUACCGAUCAAUUCGCCACUAUCACUGUAUCAGCCUUGUCCACCUGGGUUGAGAGGCGACGAUUGCAGUCAAGCUGCGUGCAACUCUACUUUCCAAGCACCGAGUCAGCGAUUUCUUGCUAGCAAUACCAGUCUGACUGGUUGCUCGACCUGUGCAGAUGGAUUUCGUGGUAUCAAUUGCAACGUAUGUUUCGGAGCUCAAUCAUGCGCUUCGCUGGCCAAGGAGUUGGGAGUAGGUGCAAACAAUAGCAGCAACCCUGCUGUAACGUCGACUUCAAGUGCUUUGGGCCAGGGUCUUGCUUUGUCCACCCUGUCGUGCCAUGCUCAACCUCGCGUCGUGCCAAGUAGUGUUCACUAUGGUGAAUGCAGCAUCGACAAUCCGACAUUGAGCUCAGUCUUUCCUGGUGCUCAAUUCACCAUCGCCAUCACGAAAGUAGGCAAUGACGGGCCCGGCGACUUUGCUGCUACUGGUCUGGCGCCUUGGGACGCCCAGGCUGGAACCGCCUUGUCGAGCGUGUUUUUGGACGGCAAACAGCAAUUCUACUGCCAAGCAAGCAGCUGCUCUGCCUCGAACACGACGACUCCGGUAUCUCAGCCCGAUGCGAAGUUCGGAACGGACAAUUGGACGUGCCAAGAUCUUACGUGCCACUGUAUUCCUGGAACGACCUUUUGCAGCAAGCCAGGCCUUCAGCUGGACAAGCUGAUCAACGGACUUGACGGAAACCUUUCGCUACCCUGCGACUAUGGUGAUCCUGCCAAUCCUUCGGCACGGACCACCUGCGCCUUCAAAUCCGCCACCAUCAUGCAAUUUCUAGGCGCGAAUGGAUUGCGACUCAACAACUGCUUGUUCGGAGGUUGCGUUUCGCAAAGCGCACUGCAGACCCUGUGGUCACAGGAAGCCGAAGCUGCCCGACUCAGCGUGAGGGGCAGUGGCAAACUAUCCGGCAAAGUCGCUGGCGCCGUUUCCGCUAUAGCCAUCUUGAUCGCUCUGGUCAUAGCUCUACUGAUGUGGGGUCUAUUUCUUCGUCGACGGGCCAUGGGUCAGCCUCGGCAAGAUGCCCCUGGAGCUCUGGGACUGCGUUGGACUAGUAUAGAGUACAAAGUCCGAUCCAGCUCAGGCCUACGACGUCGCGAGGUUCUACACAAAGAUAGCUCCACCAUCGAGCUCCAGGAGAUCGAUGAGGAUCCUGAAGUGCUGAACAACACCGGCGACGUGACGGUUUUGCAUCCCAUGGGAGGCGAGUGCGAGCCUGGAAGCCUCACGGUCUUGAUGGGUGCGAGCGGUGCAGGCAAAAGCAGCCUCGUCGAAAUUCUAGCUGGUAAAGCGAAGGAUGGGCUCUUCAGGGGCAGUAUCGCAUACACUGUUGCUAGUGGAGCGCUCCUUGGCGAGCCUAAUACCUGCGAUCAGCGCACGUUGGCCUUUGUCGACCAAGAUGACGCCCUUCCUGGCUAUCUGACAGUUAGAGAAGCGCUUGAAGCAGCUUGCCAAUUGGCACUGCCCGAGAACCGCACUCGCGAAGAGCGCGCACGUAUCAUCAAUGAUGUUCUCACGGUGUUGGGUUUGAUCCGCGUUCAGCACAGACUGAUUGGAAGCGCACAGAAGCGCGGAUUAUCCGGCGGUGAGCGUCGUCGCGUGUCGAUAGGAUGUGCACUUGUGGGUCGACCCCGGCUUUUGAUCUUGGACGAGCCCCUAUCAGGGCUUGAUGCCAUGGCAGCAAGCGCAGUGAUGGAUCUUCUGCGUAAUCUUGCCUCGGGCCCUCAUGGAACAACGAUCUUACUCACCAUACACCAGCCAUCGUCGGACCUCUUCAUGGCACCAGACCACGUCAUGGUUCUUGCGCACGGACAUGUUGUGUUUGAUGGUGUCCCAGAGCAGGCCAUUGACUUCUGUUCCAGGCGAGGCAUCAAUUUGAAGCCUGGCCAAGGCGUUGCCGAGACCCUUCUACAUUUGACAAAGGAUGGUCCGGAAAGUGGAAAGCGUAGCCGUGGUUAUUCUUCCUUUGUGCCCUUCUUUUGCACAAGCUUGGAGACUGGUCGUGAAAGCUCCGUGCCAGGGAAGCGCAUCAUCCACGAAGGCGUGCGGACGCAAGUGCUGACGCAAGUCAUGGUGUUGUGUCGCCGACUUUGGCUUCAAACCAAACGCGAGCCGACUGGCGCAGUUGCCCACAUCCUAGGAGCUGUGAUCCUUGGCUUGUUCACUGGUGGAGCUUUCUUCCAGGUCAAGCUGACCAUCGGGGGCUUCCAGAACCGUGUAGGAUCGAUGUUCUUCACUCUCCUCUUGCUAGCCUUCUCUGCCCUUUCGGCCGUUACCGGCAUCAAUGCGGCAAGGACCUUGAUGGAACGCGAGCGCGGCUCGGGAAUGUACGGCCCUCUGCCCUGGCUUGUCUCGCACCUCGCAUUCGACCUCUUCUUCCUGCGAGCCAUUCCUGCCGUCAUUCUGACAAUCAUCAUCUAUUGGAUGGUUGGUCUAGCGCACGAUGCCGCACGCUUCUUCGAGUUCAUGCUUAUCACGAUUGUGUUUGCGUGCGAUGCCGGCAUCACGAAUGCCAUUCUUGGCGUGCUGUUCCGAAACCUAUCGACUGCCAUUCUCUGCGCGGGACUUCUCCUCAUCUUCCAGCUCGGCUUUGCUGGCUUUUUGCUCAAUGUCAAGACUCUCCCCAAAGUGCUCAGGUGGCUUUCCUGGCUCUGUCCGAUUCGUUACGCCUUGGAAGCUGUGGGCACCAACGAACUAGAAGGGCUAUCGAUUGUUGACAACUUGAGCGGCGUAGCUAUCAACACCCCGGUCAGCCUGGUCGCGCCCGGGCUCUUUGGAUUCACAGACAACGCCUACUACAGGAAUCUUCUUGUUCUCGCCUUGGGCUUCUUGCUAGCCCACCUGCUCAUUCUAGGUCUUGCCGUGCACUACCUUAUGCGAGAACGUCGCUGA